GAAUUUUUGUCCUUUCCAGCAUCAGUAGGACCGAGCCAGCCUCCAACCAGCCGCUCUUCCUGCUUGCUGUGGGUUUAACGGGCUGAGGGGAACAACAUUGGACGCCACAGGAUAAAAUAACCACACUGAACAGAGCAGAAUGUCUGCCAGAGGGGGAAAAAAGAGGGCCACCAAGCUGUCCCGCUCUGCCAGGGCGGGGGUCAUCUUCCCUGUGGGCAGAAUGAUGAGGUACCUGCGCACUGGCACACAUAAGUAUCGCAUUGGCAUGGGGGCGCCCGUCUACAUGGCAGCAGUCAUCGAAUACUUGGCAGCUGAGAUCUUGGAGUUGGCAGGAAACGCUGCACGAGACAACAAGAAGGGCAGAAUCACUCCCAGACACAUCAAGCUGGCUGUGGCCAACGAUGAGGAGCUCAACCAGCUUCUUCGGUGCGUGACCAUAUCAAACGGGGGAGUCCUGCCUCACAUCCACCCAGAGCUGCUUUCCAAGAAGAGGGGCAGCCGAGCCAAAGUUGACAACCAGUCAUCCGUCCCAGAGAAGCAGGAAUUACAUUCCAAGAGGACCAAACCCAUCAAAUCCCCCAAAAAGGUCAAGGGAAAACGAGGGCGAAAGCCAAAGAGCACAGACAAUGACAAAGAAUCUGUACCAAACUCCACAGUGGAUGAUGGUCCCGGAGAUGGCUUCACCAUCCUCUCAGCAAAGAGCCUGUUCCUUGGUCAGAAGCUUUGUCUCACAGUGACUGAAAUUGGCAAAAUUGGAACAAUCAAGGUGGAGGCCAUAAUUAACCCAACCAAUGCAGAGAUGGACCUCAAAGACGGCGUUGGCAGUGCUCUGGAGAAGGCUGGAGGCCAAGAAUUCCUGGAGGGAGUUAAGGAGCUAAGAAAAGCCCAGGGACUUUUGGAUGUAGCGUCAGCGGCAAUGAGCCCAGCCAGCGGAAUGACGGCCCGCUUCGUUAUCCAUUGUAACGUUCCUCAGUGGGGGUCAGAGAAGUGCGAGGAGCAGCUGGAAAAGUUGGUGGAGAACUGCCUCUCAGCUGCGGAGGAGAAGAAGUUCAAGUCGGUGGCUUUCCCAUCUCUUCCUGCUGGACGAAAUGGAUUCCCAAAGCCGACAGCAGCCCAGCUCAUCCUCAAGGCCAUCUCCAACCACUUUGUGUCCUCCAGCAGCUCCUCUGUGAAGAACAUUUACUUAGUUGUGUUUGACAGUGAGAGCAUCGGCGUGUACCUUCAGGAAAUGGCCAAGUUGGACGCCAAGUGAAGAUUCUUAGUUGGCUUGCUUCUGUUAGUUUCUCACAGAUGAUGGUGUCAAUAGUUGAUAAGUGGAGAAGGUCCGAUGUGGCUUUUAGAGGAAAAUGUGAGUGCAAAGCUGUUGUAUGUUUGGCGGACAUUGUAGGACAUCCUCAGUUAUCAGUCAAGUAUCAGACAUGAUGGGGAAAAGGGAUGUUUAUGAGAUUUCACAAUCAGACAUCAGCUUGAUCACCUGAUGAGCUGACAUCUGACUGACAACUGAGGAUAUCCUCACCUACCGUACAUCAUACUGUUGAUACUUCUGUUGCUGUCCCUCAAAGAGAUUACAAGCUUUUAGAGAUUACAUAUUAAAAUGAAUUUCCUUCUGUUUGUCGUUAAGGUUGCUCAAUAUUUCCUGGGGAUGUCCUGAUCCAAAUUUUUUGGCUUCCGAUACGAUUAUUUUAUAGUCUUGCCGAUCCAUUUUUUUAAAUUGUUUUUUUAUCAUACGCUCUUGCUACAAAUAGGUCUGUCACAAUAAUACGUAAUAAUAAUAAUAAGUCAAUUAAUUGAACGCUUAAAAAAAAACAGGCCGAUAAUAAAGAGCCGUCAAUAAAUCGACAUGUGCAUGUAUGCGUGUGUGUUCUAUCUGCUCAUCUCUCUGUGCCGCACAGGCUGGAUGACAAGAGGGUUCACUCUGCAUCUGUCUGUGCGCAUUGGUUCUAUAGUGGAAUGAACGGAGAGAGUGAAAACUCUGUGCUCUCAUUCAGCCCCUUUGUGGAGGCGCGGCCACUAGUGAGCACCAAAUUAGCCUUGUGAGACAGCAUAUGCUAACAUGAAUCAAGGCACAGAAGAGACAGUUUCUAAGGCGAACGCAACAGCCCCAGUGUGGGAAUACUCCGGUUUUAAGCAUUUGUUCGAAGUGACGAGUAAGCAGGAGAACACGACCAACUUAUAUGCACACCUGAAACACAACCAUCCUUGUCAGUUUUCCUAACUAGGAAAAAAGAAAAUACUGGAGGUGCGUCAGAGCCUUCGUCCCGACAGCCAACGCUUACUGAGGCGUUUGCUCUGCAAAGUAAAUACAUGCCAAAUAGCGCAAAAUGGUCACUCGCUACAUUGCAAAAAAAAAUGCAACCAUUCAAUACAGUUGAAAAUACAUCAUUUCGGAAAAUGUUAGAAAUGUUUGGCAGACAGUACAAAUUGCCUGGACUCUUGAGUAAUUAAGUUUAUUGCAUUUGAUACAAUGUACUGGCAUUAUUAUGCUAUAUAAGUAAUGAAAUAUAGUACACUAUACUUAUGUACCAUCUAGUGGUUCAAAUGUGCAUUACACUGCUCAUGAUAAUUAUUCAUGAAAAAAUAGCUGAUGUUAUCGAAUAUCGGCAGUAAUUUGUAACACAAUUAUCUACCAGCAAAAUGUAUUUUGACAGGCCUAGUUACAAAAUUUACUUUUUUUUUGACACAGCAUGACCAACAAUAUUGUUUGGCUUUUGUAACAAACCUCUGUGAGUCAGGUCCCUAAGCCAAUAAAAGAUCCAAUAAAAGUCCAUCUAAUAAAAGAUAAAAAUGGACGUGCAAAAUACUUUUAGGAUAGGACUAAUCAUUUGACAUGAUUAAAUAUCAAUUUGUGGUGUGAUUUAGAAUAUAUGACUUUUUUUUUUUUUAACAAACUCUCUUCGGGCCCUAUGAAACCCGUUUUAUUUUUUUCCAAAUUCUGUUUUAUCCAUUUUAAUUCUUUUAGAGUUCUUUUAGAAUUCUGAUUUUUUUACAUAGAGUGUGUGCUAUUUGGUACGUCAUUGGCCGUCAUUGGUACGUCAUUGGCCCAUUUAGCCUGGUAAUUGAGAAAUGGAUGUAGGUUGGCUGACUUUUCUACUGUGAUGUCAGCCUCAGCAGAUACUGCUACAAAAUCUUCAACAAACUGUAAUGCCCGUGCUUGUGAUUAAGGAAAAUCGCAUUAUUAAUGUAAAAUAUUUUUAUGACACCCUUAUUUUGUUUACACAAUUAGACAAAUGUGACAAAGACCGCUCUUAUUUUGAAGACUGGAAGCGUGUUGCGUGUGUUGAGAAUUGCAAUUGACGGUUGAUGCGCGCUGGGUGCAAGAACAAAUGUUCCUCUCGUCUUUUUUCACUCUGAUCCUGCACGUCGUGCAUUGUAAAAGGUCCUUACAUUAAAGCUGUAAACCGCAACACAGUGAAAAUACACUCAUCCAGCCUGAGUCGUGCGCGCACACGCACAUACACACACAGGUGCACUCGUACGCUCUGCUAAACCCUGCUAGCUUCCAUUUACGCUCCAUAAAAGGGAGUUUCCAAGGGUUUUCACUGCCAUUCCAUUCCAUUUUCCUCCGCUUAUCCGGGUCCGGGUCGUGGGGGCAGCAGUCUUAGAAGGGAAGCCCAGACUUCCCGGUCCCCGACCAGCUCCACCAGGAGGACACCAAGGCGUUCCCAGGCCAGCUGUGAGACGCAAUAGUAAUUUAUUGACGGCCCAUAGUAUAAACAACCAGCGGUGAGAGCGGCACUUCCCUUGCGAGCUCCCCGCACCAUGACACAGCAGUCCGAGCACAGUGAGGGGGAACUAAUGCUCUAGCUACAGAGCCGGAUAUACAAGGUCCAACGUGAAGCUAGCCUCACCACGGUACACCGCACACAUGUCUGCAUGGUGGCGUUGCGUUUUCUUCUUCUUGCGGGUGGCAGGGGUCGAGUGGCAGCCAGUUUUGAGGCGCAUUACCGCACCUAGGCCGUUGGAGUGUGGCCAAGAGUUAUGAACGUUAUACGGCAAUCGGAUCGGCCCGAUCUUGUGGCGGAAGCCAAUAUUGUCCGAUCCUGAAGAUCGGAUCGGGACAUCCCUAGUAUUUCCUAUAGGUUUACAGCUUUGGGGUGGCAUCAUCAUGAAACACAUGCACACAUCUUUAAUUCGAUUGCUCCUCAGCAGCUACAUUUCACGGUUUUAUAAAAGAAAGCAAUAGAAUGACUCCAAAAUAAUCCACUAAGUCAAAAUAAAGAUGUGUCAUUUAAAUAAAUGUGAUUGCUCCGCUACAGUUAAAUUUGGGAUGCACACAUGCAUGUGCACAGCCUGUGUGUGUGUUGAACUUUCUGGGGGGGGGGACAGGGAUCCCUAUUAUUUUAAUGGUAAGGCAAACACUGUUUCUUGUUUGGCUGAUGUUGUCACAUUCCAUGUACAAAUAGAAGUUAUUUUCUUGGCUUCUGUAGUUUCUGAUACUGUAAAAAGAUGAUGGGUCUCAUCCUGCUUUGAAAUAAAAGGUUUUGCAUCAUUUUCCUUUUAAGAGAGUCUUUGGCCAAUGGUAUGUCUGUGAAUAUUCUCAUUCAUCCGGGUCAUUCUAUUCUCAGGGCAUUGAAUUCAUUGCAACUGGACUGUUUCGGUUGUCUUGGAAGACAUUUCACUGCUUUCCCGAGGAGGCUUCGUCAGUCCAUGCUCAAUGACUACAUAG